UCCGCUUCUCUCAACGUCUUUCUGUCUGUUCGUUUGUUGGUUUGCAUGUGUCAGUGUGAGAGAAGGAAGUAGGGAGAACACGUCCGUGCGAGAUUUAGAUUGACAGGGAAGAUUGUUUUUAGACUUUGGUGUUAAGUGGGUUCCAUUGAGAGUUUGAAAGGUUAAACGGCGGGAUUGGGGGAUUGGAUUCGAGGGGAUUAGGAAAGAGAAAGAAAGGAAAGGAAAGGAAAGAAAGAUGGAUAAGAGGGUUGAGGGGUAUUUGGUGGGGAAUAGGAAAUGGGCGGCAAGUAAGGAAUGCCAAGCCCCGAUCACGUUCAAAGAUAUGCAGAAGAAGGGGAGGGAUAGGGAGGAUGGGACGGUUAUUGUUGUUGCAUGUACCGAUCCUCGAGUCACGCCUGAAGAAUUUCUAGGCAUGAGUACCGAGAAAGGGAACAAAGCGACUGUAGUGCGAGUAGCAGGCGGACGAGUCGAUGCUGCUAUGUGCUCUCUGCUUGUGUUGUCUGCGGUGGGGAAUGCGGGGAAGAAAGGUGCUAUUGUGGUGGUUCAUCAUACGGAUUGUGGACUUGCUACUGCCAGUGAUGAAGAGAUUAGGAGUAUUGUGAUUAAUAAUGUGGCGGAGGGUGAUAGAGGGGAAGCGAGAGCUCUGGUGAAGGGAUUGGAAUUCGGGAGUAUUGAGAGUCCAGAAAAGAGUUUAGAGGAAGACGUGGAUAAGUUGAGACGAAGUCCGUUCUUUACUGGGAUGCAGAUCUAUGGCUUAUUGCAGGACACUGAGACAGGACUUUUGGAAGUAAAGUUUGACCCGUCGACUGACCUUGAUACAUAAUUCCACCUGAAGGACCAUCAACGCUUUCAAGAUUUGUCGGUAGAUGUAGCACACCUAAAUAUAUGAUAUCCCCUUUCCUGAUGUUACAAUAUUCCAAACGCCUCGCUGUCUAUGAAU